GAUCCCGCUUUGCCACGAUGAGACGUAAGGCGGGGUUAUGCACGAUUCAGCAAAAAGCAUUAAAAACUACAUUGUUUUCUAUAGUGAUAGGUUAUAGUGAGCUGUAAACGAAAGGUUGUUCAAGCAGCAAUAAAUCCAAUAAUAAUCUUUUUGAACUACAAGAUCUUCUCUACAACAUUUGAGUUGUGUUAACCAGCAUUUGAACCCGUUCGUUUAGCCUAGUCGGACUUAUUUCAAUACAUCUGAAAAUCAUCCCACCUUCCAUGAUGUAUAAACAACCCCUAAGACGCCUGUUCAGGAGGUAGGAAAAGUGCAAUUUGAAUAUCACUGACAUGCACCUUGCACAAAGUCGAAGGUCAGCUAAAUGUCCUAAUUCUACUUUCUUGGCAUAAGCAGCUAGUUUUAUACGAAUACCUUCACUUUUAUAUAACAUUUGAACAUAUAGAGACUUAAUAAGUAUAUAUAGUCAUUUAAACUAUACAAUAUUUGCAACUUUUUGACUAUAUUGCAUGUGAUUGUGCAUUGUAUGAAGAGGGAAAACAUAAUUGAUGCAAUAAUUAAAAUGUUCGGCGCAUGAGAAUUAAAUGCGACGUUUGAAUUCCUGUCGCACUAGAGUCGCAUUUAGUUCGUGACUGCAAGUUAGGCUUCAGUUAUUCCGCGUGGAAUUAAAUUGGUUACUGAUAAAAACACACACUUGAUUAUCACGAAAAGUGAGCAGGAAGUCGGCAUUUAAUAAUGGUUCUUUGUUUGCGAAAAUUGCUCAAUUAAGCUGAAAAUAUAUACAUUGAUAUCGGCCCAUUCGAUGCCAAGGUGUGGCUCUGAGCUUGCAGUGGUCGGGUAUAUUUAGGAGGACACAACGCUGUUUUAUUCACUCCUUGCUCAGCAGUCGGCGAGUGAAGUUGGACAUCUCAAUUCUUCUGCUUUUGCGAACAUUUUGCUAUUUUCAGGUAAGAAAAACAAACAUUCAUACAGUUAUAUUAUACGACAACUCGGGCGAGUUAAUCGUGUGCUUGAUAUACAAAAUACAACACAAGUUGUAAGCAUGCAGGUUGCAUGCAACUAAAUCGACCUUUAAAUUAUGACCAUUAUAUAUUUUGCUGGACCUAAAUUAAUCUAUGAGAGUUGAAAUGCUUGUAAUCUCCGAGAUCGGGGAGUAAUACAGUAUAGGAAGUAUAUACAGGAAGAUUUUUUGGAUUUUAGAAUCUUAGCAAAAAUAUCCAUGAAGGAUUUUGGGGGGUUUUGCCAUGCAGAUUUUCAGCGAAUAGUAAAAGAUGUUUUUGGCACGAUUUUAUGAUUUUGAAGAGCUCGUGGAUUCGGAAAGGGAUCUUUGUAGAUUUUCCAAAAGAUUUUGAGCUAUUUUGCCAACCUUUCAGCUGAUUUCCAUGGGGGGCGUGAAAUAAAGAGGUUAAGUUGUCUCGUGGGGAAGAUUAUUCUAAUGCAUGUGAGGCUCCUUUAUAAUUGAAGCACAUCUUGCCAAAUUAUUUCUUCAGAAUAUAGAAGAGCUAAAUCAGUUUCUUUAUUUCUGAGAUUGUAAGCAUUUGCUAUCUUUCCUUAUUGGAAAGAAAAAGUUCGUUUAGAUUGGGUGCGGUGUGGCCAUUUAAAAUUUUAUAAGUAUAAUUUCGUGUGCAGGCCAUUUAAAAUUUUAUAAGUAUAAUUUAAAAGUACUGCUAGAAGUUUCCAAUUUAAGUUUCUAAGCAAGUCAGCUGAUCGAACAAUCGAACAUUCCCCCAUGCAUUUAGUAAUUACUCUUGCAACACGAUAUUUUUACAUUUUUUAUCAACACGAUAUCUUGAUAUUUUUGGAGCCGUUUUUGACGCCAAUUCCGCAAUUAUCCCAUAGCGGGCUAUACAGUAAUAAAAAUAGGGCUGCAUGUACAAUAGCUUGUAUAGUAUAACUAUAAUCUACAAUUUUACGACUUGUUUUGCAGUAAACGACAAUGACGCCAGUCGCUACGUUGGCAAGCUUGAUCCUUCUUGCUCAAAUGAUGAGCAUUAAUGCAGCUUUAACCAAACCUGAUGCGACAUUUGGAAAGCAAUGUCCGCCUGGUAUGUUGGUAGAUAUUUAACUGCUUCACAUAUAUAUACCUAUAUAUCUAUGUGUCUUUGGGGCUGUUUUUGAAAAUCCAUGCAUAGAAGCUAGGCCAUAGAAUGGAAAUUCUAUGGACCUUUAUUGGAAAUAGAAUGGAUUUUGAUUAUCCAUAAUAAUUGUAUAUUUCCAUUCUAUGGAUAUAGUAUCGAAAUAGUAUGGAUAUACUAUGGAUUUAGUGGUGCAAUUGCAAAUUUCAUAGUAUGGAUUUCACUUUUUUUUCCAGUGGUACAUUUAUCUGUUAGGUAUAAGGAUUACCCUAAACCAAGCUAUUAUUCGCGCUAUAUAUACUGAAUGUAUAAAGAUGAUACAUUUAAAUAAUUUUAAUGAUUUAAAAUUAAUAUAAAUAUUUCAAAAUAAAUUUGCAUAACAUGACAAUGCAGUUGCUAUUCAAAACACUCGAACUCGCGUUUUAUCAUAUCUAAAACGCUCGGCUGCGCUUCGCGUUUUAAAUAUGAUAAAACACUCCUUCUCGUGAUUUUUAAAAAUACAUUGAAAUACAACGUGAUUUCACAACAGAUGUUUUCCUCGAUCUCACUUCAAUGAAUUAUAAAUGAAUUAUUCUGUAGGUUAUGGGAUUUCUCGUAUUGUAAGCUACUACAGCAAUCACCACAGAGACCGCGCAUGGGCUUUCUAUUGCAGACGUGACGCGAAAAUCACAAACAGCUGUCAUUGGACAGGUUGGUUGAAUUGGUACGACCGCGAAUUACUGUACCAAUGCCCAACUGGAGUUCUCGCAGGUAAUGUAUAAAGUAGUUGUUCAUAACAAAGCUUACAGCUUCUAUUGUUUCAUUACAGCAUCUAUUGUUUCAUUAAUUAAUCAGGGUCGAUACAAUUUUUCUGAAUAAAUGAAAGGUUUGUUAACAUCCAUUUCCAAUCAAUAAAUCUAAUACAAAACACUAGGACUCUGAAUAAAAAUGUUGAAUGAACAAGAUUCUUCCAUUCACAGUAUAUUUUGUCUCACUAAAGUUUAUACGUUUUCUCAAUUUUCAUCUCUUGCGAAGUAUUGUGCGCACUGAUUACAAAUUUCAGUAUAAUAAGUCAUCAUAUUAUAAAGAUCACAGCAAUAAAAUGACGACAAUAGCAACAACAGCAACAGCAACAGCAACAACAACAACAACAGCAACAGCAACAUCAACAGCAACAGCAACAACAACAACAACAGCAACAACAACAACAACAGCAACAGCAACAGCAACAUCAACAGCAACAGCAACAGCAACAUCAACAGCAGCAGCAACAUCAACAGCAACAGCAACAUCAACAGCAACAGCAACAACAACAACAACAACAACAACAACAGAAACAGCAACAACACAGCAACAGCAACAGCGACAUCAACAUCAACAUCAACAGCAACAUCAACAGCAACAUCAACAUCAACAGCAACAGCAACAACAACAACAACAACAACAACAGCAACAGCAACAACGACAGCAACAGCAACAUCAACAUCAACAUCAACAGCAACAGCAACAGCAACAGCAACAUCAACAGCAACAGCAACAGCAACAGCAACAGCAACAACAACAACAACAGCAAUAGCAAUAGCAACAACAACAACAACAGCAACAACAGCAACACAACAAUGGCAACCACAUUACGAUUACAACACACAAUUACAGCACACAAUGACAACACAACAAUGACAGCAACAGCAACAACAACAAUUACAACACAACAAUGGCAACCAGGAAGUAUAAAUAUUUUCCAGUGUUCAUUGCUCGCAGUUGAUAAAAUUUCAUGAUUUUCAAUUCAUCAGGUGUAUUCUCGACACAUCAUAAUCAUUACGAAGAUAGAAGAUUUAAAUUCAAAUGCUGCCGCACCAAAAGAGUUUGUCAAUACAAUUGUCGUUGGACCGGUUACGUCAAUACCUUUAGAGGUCGUAAGAACUAUGUGGUACCAUAUGGCUAUUUUAUCACUGGGGCAAAAAGUCAUCACCUGAACAGCAAAGAGUAAGUUCAACAAUCAAAAUUUCAAUUCCCCCAGAAGGUUUUGCUUUCAUCUUGGGCCUUCAUCUAGUUUGUUUGCAGUGUAAUCAUGAAUUUUUACAAUUGACUUGUCAAAAUUUUGAAUUGUCAAAAUCUCUAAAAUUUUACCAAAAUUUUAUUUUAAAAUCUCAAAAUUGACGAAAUCUUACCAAAAGUAAAAUAUUUUACCAAAUUUGGUCACACUGUCACUGACAGCACUUCCAUAUUUAAUUUCAUUUUCAAUUUCCAUAUAUGACAGCAAUUUAAUAACAAAAAUUCCAUAAAUCAUCCCAAAUCAUCCCAAAAUAUCACACUUCAUCCCACACAUGUUUCAACGUUUUGGAUUUUGCGGGCUGGGGCGAAUUUAAACUUGGGAUAAGUUUGUUAAGAACAGAUCUAGGAGGGCACAAGGCCCAUAUUGUGUGCAAUAUUAUAUGCAACUUUUCACUGAAAAUUGGAUUAAUUGGACUUUUAACGCAUAUUUUAGUAAAUAUAUUAUAUACAAUAUUCACUGGUUACUGAAAUUUGAAUACUUUUGGGUCAAUAAUUCAUAAGGUUUUUUCGAGGGCUGUAUUCAUCAUAUCUCUUUCGUGUUUUUUAGGGACAGAAUAUGGCGAUUCCUCAUAUGUCGUUUUCACUAAGAAGUUCUGAAGGCCAAGCAAUUACUAAUCUUUUUUGUAUUUGAACGUUUAUGUAUUUGUAAUAAUGAUCAAUGAUCUUUCAUGUUUACAAGUAAUAAAAUAAAACGCAAUAAAUUCUAUUCUAUCGUGUACUUUAUUUGUUGAGUAUAU